AUGCUGGUGCCACAAUCUACCAUCAUGUCACCGGACGUUACUGAGCAACAACAAGUUGGGAUAAAAACUAUUAAUAUGGCCGGCUGCGUGAAAGUUUGUGCCUGGCUUGUGCGCACCAAUGAUAUAAGAUAUAAUCUACAACUGAAAUCAAGUGGAGUACUAAUAAAAGUCCUGCAGCAGGAAGUGUUGUGGCACAUACCCUCAGUGGGAGAUAGCCAUUCAGGAAGAGAAGAAGAAGCAGGAAGUGUACCUACGACGUAUAUUACCGCAGUUCGGACGAAAUACAAUACGUCCGCUUCGAUGACAUUAUUCAGUCAUAUGAUGUUCGUUGCACGAAAGAGCAGAUUGAUGAAGCAGGCAAAAAAAAUGAAAGUUCGAAAUCAAUGCCUUCGAUACAAGUUGCUGCGGGACAAAAGUGAUUUGAAUAAAUUUUCUGAAGCACAAAACAACGAUGUGAGGACCAUCAUCCGUGACGCGACCAUGAUGGCAUGGGAGGUGACGGGGGCGACGAAUGGUGAUAACAAAGAUAGUUUCAAGAUUGAGCGAAUGGACAGCAACGCCUCAACGCUAACAGUCAUUCCGGAUAAUGGAUCAAAUGGAAUAAUCGAGUCUACUGCAAUCAUCGAACGGAAAAAAACAUUGAUCGACUCUGAUGACUACAAAUUGGAGAGAAUGGUAGCGUUUGUUUUCGAUCAAAAGUUUCACCCGGCCAACCAAUUGCAAGGGCUCAAACGGAGCAGGACUGUGCAACGACUAAGUAAAAAUCCAAAAAAAAAAUGCCAUAGAUUAGAUAAAUCGAUUGACGUGAAAUAUCUGGAAGCAUCAAGAGCAGAAAGCGAUGAACGGACCCGCGAAAGCAUCACAUUAAGCUGCGGUAUUCGAAUGGAUAAAUGAGAAAAAAAAUCAUUUUCGUUGGCUACACGUCAAAUUGAAUUCUCAAUGAGUUCUAAGGAAAAGGUACACGUAAUAAGUAAAACAAACAUAUCUGAAUUGUAACUAGCUAAAGUUACGUA